GGUUAGGGCGCGGCGAUGUCGGGCUAUGCGCGGCGGCAGGGCGCGCCCCCACUAUCGCGGACCCGGAGCCUCGUGGUUCCCGACGCUCCUGCGUUCUAUGAGCGCCGGUCUUGUCUCCCCCAGCUAGACUGUGAGCGCCCCCAUGGCGGGGACCUGCACCCCCACCUCUUCGGCUUUCGGCCGACGUUUAUGUGCUAUGUGCCCAGCCCGGUGCUGGCUUCGGUAGGAGACACAGAUUUUGCCUAUGGAAAGGGGAAAUGUACUAAACAAGGCCCGUCGGGAGCCCAUGAGACACGCUUUGGAGGUGACAAACUUGAAGACCUUGAGGAAGCCAAUCCAUUCUCCUUCAGAGAGUUUUUGAAAACCAAGAACCUCAGCCUGUCAAAAGAAGACACGACCACCAGUCGAAUUUACCCGAAGGAAGCCUCGAGGCACCCACUGGGACUAGACCACAGCUCCCCUGCCUCCCAGCCCAUGGGAUAUGGCCUGGAAUAUCAGCAGCCAUUUUUUGAAGACCCAACAAGAGCCAGCAACCUAGAGGAGGAAGAAGAAGACGGAUGGAAUAGAGCCUACCUGCCCUCUGCCGUGGAGCAGACUCAUUCCUCUAGAGCUACACAGAACUCGUCACCCUGUGGCACCUACCUUUCCUUUUUUUCCAACGCAUCAGAGCUGGCAGGUCCCGAGUCUUUGCCCCCAUGGACGCUGAGUGACACUGAUUCCAGGAUCUCUCCAGCAUCUCCCACUGGGAGUCCAAAUGCAGACUUUGCAGCUCAUGAAGACUCCCUAGGGGACAGACACCUGCGGACGUUGCAGAUAAGUUACGAAGCACUGAAAGAUGAAAACUCUAAGCUCAGAAGAAAGCUAAGUGAGGUUCAGAGCUUCUCUGAAACUCAGACAGAAAUGGUGAGGACGCUCGAACGGAAGUUGGAGGCAAAGAUGAUCAAGGAGGAGAGUGACUUCCAUGACCUCGAGUCAGUAGUCCAGCAAGUCGAACAGAACCUCGAACUGAUGACCAAACGGGCUAUGAAAGCAGAGAAUCAUGUCUUGAAGCUGAAACAGGAAAUGAAUUUGCUCCAGGCACAGCUCUCGAACUUCAAGCGAGAAAAUGAAGCCCUUCGGUCAGGCCAGGGUGCCAGCCUUACCGUGGUGAAGCAGAACACCGAUGUGGCCUUGCAGAACCUCCAUGUUGUCAUGAACAGUGCACAUGCAUCCAUAAAGCAGCUGGUGUCUGGAGCAGAGACACUGAACCUUGUUGCUGAAAUCCUCAAGUCUAUCGACAGAAUUACUGAGGUUAAAGAUGAGGCAGACUCCUGAGAAGCUCUGCCUGUCACCGGGUCCCAUCACUUCUGCACUGACGGCACCACACAUCUUCCGGAUGUGUUCCUAACUAUGCAGUCCUCACCAAAGCAUUUCACAGCCUAACCAUGUAACUGGCCACCUGCAGUACGGGCCUCCUUCCACCAGUCGCUCCGAACAGUUUACAUGAAGUCCUUUGGGGGAGGUCCCACUGUUUGAUAGACUCAUUAAUUUACUGGAAGACAUUUUUAUAAAACCCAGCAAUUUUUAGAAACCACUAAAGCUGAAACGACAGUUUUGUAAGAAGCUUCUUCCACUGUCUCCUCAAAUUUACUGUAGGAUGAGCUCGGGCUCAGCCUCAGUUCUAUCAGGCAGAACACUAAGUGAGCCAGUGUGGAAGUGAGCAUCCUGUACAGGGACUUGUGCUGUCAUUCAGUGCCUCACCAGCAGAUGGUUGACACUGUGGCCUUCACAGGAUGGCUCUUGCUGUCAGCAGCCUCACUGAGGCAGCACCACUUGGUAGAUGCUGCUGUCCUCCCACCAGACCAUAGGACCAAGGUCACAGACAGUGCACAUUACAAAGCUUCAUACACUCAGUACCGUGGCUGUCGGCUUUGAUGCAUGGUAAUGUGUCGGUGUGCCUUUUGCAUAGUGCAGUUCAGACUGGAGUUAAAGCACACACCGCCUGAAGGGUCAGUACCAGCUCUUUGGGCUGUCUGGCUGGUUUUUGAAGGGCAAGCAAGACAUAAGCAGCACCCUGUACUGUGCUAAAGGGUCACGGUUUGGGGGCCACUUUCCUAUAGAUUUUUUAAAUUUUCCUUUUCCCCUCCUGUUGAGAUCGACAGCUUUCUUAUCUAAAUAAAUCCUGAAGAUCAUUUUUACUGCUUUAUCAUUCUGGCUUAGUUAGGAAUCCACACUUGAGAGCUACCAUGCUCUUUUAACCUCAAAGGCUGCAUCUCAAGAGGGUUGAGAUUGCUGGUUUAUCAGAUCUUCAGGUUCUUGACUCCUGGAGUCAGGCAUAUCACAAGAGCCACUACAUUGUCAGUGUGCUGGAUGAGCCACAUCCUAGCUCCACACUGAGGCUGGGUGGACGGAAGCCUAGCAGCAACUCUUUAGACAAGGCAUUAAACUACUGGGCCCUUUAACUCACAAGGACUGUUACAGCUUUUCAGAAGCCAUCCCCACCCCUACUGUUGGUGUUAGUGCCUCAGCAGACCAGAGUGCAAGAUGGAGGGACCCAUAGGAAGAUGAGGCUCGUGUUCCCUCUACCCAUAUGGCUUGAGGCAAAGCUGCCAUCAAGAGGAGCCCUCGGCCUGCCUCCACCACCACAAGUGAGUGGGGUGAGGAGAGUUGCACAGCUGUUUGUACACUAUUCUCUUCAUUUAUGUAUGAAGUGUUCCUAGAUUAAAAUUAUACAAGCACCA